AAAUGCACACGGGAAAGGGCGGAGAAAAACUGGCACGCACUAAAACAUUAAUCUGUUGCAACAUCUCUACCAACAUUUCUCACUGAGAACAACAGGUCUAUCGCACCUCUUCGGAAAUUUUGGGCUAAUACAAUAGCAAGACGAAGACAAUUUCAAGAAAGAAAGAAAAAUACCCCAUUCAGCACGACCAUCCACCUUUAGGUGUUUUUUUUUAAAGGAUAUGCAAUAAUCCGAUCUGGAGUUUAAGGCGACAAUCAGACAUGGAUCCCAUAGUAGAAGUUGUUGCUUUAAUCCUUGGAUUUUUGGGUUGGGUUAUGGUUGGAGUCGCCCUACCGAAUCGUUAUUGGAAAACCUCUACCAUCGACGGCACCGUUAUUACCACCUCUACCCUCUAUGAAAACUUGUGGAUGUCGUGUGCUACCGACUCCACUGGGGUCCACAACUGCCGAGAAUUUCCGUCUUUACUUGCCCUAUCUGGUUACAUUCAAGCCUCACGUGCACUGAUGAUUGGCUCAGUGGUAAUGGGAACAUUUGGGCUGGUCUGCACUUUGGUGGGAAUGCAAUGCUCCAAAGCAGGAGGGGAUAACCUAAUCCUCAAAGGCAGGAUUGCUGGCAUUGGAGGAGUCUUUUUCCUGCUUCAGGGCAUUUGCACAAUGAUUUCUGUGUCAUGGUACGCAUUCAACAUCACGCAAGAAUUCUUCAACCCAAUAUACCUUGGGACAAAGUUUGAGAUUGGAGAGGGCUUGUACAUUGGUUGGUGCUCUGCUAUUCUAGCCAUCUGUGGAGGAUCCGUUCUUCUUUGUGCAUGCAAAUUUGGCGAAGAAGGAAAAGCGCCAUACUACAACCCAACUGGCAGAACAGUGUACUCUGUAGCAGCAAACUCCAGGGGGGUGGUUGGUAGCACAUAUGAUCGAAAUGCAUAUGUUUGAGAAUGAUAAUUUCCGUACCAGGUCCAACAUAGUGUUCAUCUAUUACAAUCAGGCAUGGGACAAAUAUGUAUUGCACAUAACUUGCAUUAUUUGAAGUGCUUAAAUAUUUCUCUGCUAUUUCUAUGUCCAUUUUCUGUUGAAUUUCAUUUUUUUUUUAAAAUACAUGUAUCAGUUAUGCUGUGCAAAAGUUUAUUUUACACACACCUCUUUGUUGUAUCUUAUUCAAAUUAGAUUUUUUGUGACAAAUGAGUUGUAGUGUUGUAGGCUACAUGACAGUAACUUGGCAGUUAUUGUGUUAUCAAGACAAACCGAGGCAUUGAAGAUUCAAGUUUUUUUUUUUAUCAACAAAUGGAUACCAGUCAAACACACGUCUCAUUGUUCUGUAGGCCACAGAUAUAUCCUACAACAUAGGUUUUGAUGUGAUGCAUGUAUAUAGUGUACAAUAUGAUUUUUAUAUCUUGUCAUGAGACGUUUUUUUGAAUGCAAAAGCAGGCACAAACCAUUUUUAUAAGUGAAGCAGUUAAGUGUUGAUUAGAAAAUGUGUUGACACUUGGAAAUCUACUUUUUAAUUUCUAUGAAUCAAGGUCAAAAUGAAUGGAUUCAUUGAUUAGGCCUACUUCUUGGUUUGAUCAGGUUAAAUAGGCAAUAAUUACAUUAUAGAUCAUUUUCUUUUUGCUAUUUAUAUCUGUUGUUUUUUGUUUAUGAACCCAAAUAAAAAAGCCUCUGAAAAGGG